AGUUUGUUUAACCUAUCUAGACUGUAUCAUUUUCCGACGAAAAGAUGUUAAUCGACUAUCCUUGGACUGAAGUUUUAGUACUUUUCCUUUUCUAUCAAUAUUGUUUAUAGUAUAAUAUUGACCUGAGAUGAGUUUAAAUGGAGUAGAAUAGUCUGUGAAGAUUCAUAUAGCUGAUCCUGACUUAUUUGGCACUGAGGCAUAAUUAUUUUUGGUAUGGACUUUUCCACUAUAGACUAAGUCAUAAUGAGCAUCUGGACUUCUACCAGUAUAUAUUGUCUUUCUUUGCGUAAUAUUAACGUUGUUUCCUCUUUUUGAUUUUUCUAGUCUUUCUAAGUGUUUCUACAGAGACCAGAGACUUUGACUCAUCAAGUCAGCCACUUUCAGUGGUUAAUCUUGGUUAUUUAAGUUGUGCAAAUAGAAGUAUAUCAAUUAAGUUGACAAAUAUGGCUCCUGGAGGUGGUGCUAGUUGCAAGGAACUUGUAGAAUCAUGGCAAGAUUUUACACUUUGUGACAAAACAAAGACAGAGCUAGACAAAAGUAUUACACAUAUUGGUGAAAAGAUUCAAAAGUCUUCAAUCCAUGAGUUGCUUGAGUGCCCAAUCUGCGAAAGGUCCAUGUAUCCUCCAUUUUACCAGUGUCCAAAUGGUCAUACACUCUGCACCAACUGCAAGACUGGAGCACAUAAUUGCUGCCCUACUUGCCAAAUUGAACUGGGAAACAUAAGGUGCUUAGCCUUAGAAAAAGUAGCAGAGUCACUGGAAUUGCCCUGCAGACAUCAAAAUCUUGGCUGUCACAAAAUAUUACCCUACUAUCGAAAGCUCAAACACGAACAACGUUGCAAAUUUCGACCUUACCAUUGUCCUUCCGUUGGAUCAGAAUGCUCGAUAAAAGGGGAUGUUCCAACACUUAUGUUGCAUCUCAAGGAGGAUCACAAAGUUGAUAUGCAUACAGGAUGCACGUUUAAUCAUCGAUAUGUUAAAUCGAAUGCACACGAAGUUGAGAAUGCAAUAUGGAUGCUCACAGUUUUCGACUGUUUUGGAAAACAGUUUGUCUUGCACUUUGAGGCGUUUUUGCUAGGUAUGACACCUGUUUAUAUGGCAUUUCUACGUUUUAUGGGCGAGGACAAUGAAGCCAAAAUGUUCAACUAUAGUCUAGAAGUUGGUGGUUUUGGCCGUAAGUUGACAUGGCAAGGUGUUCCUAGGAGUAUACGAGACAGCCAUAGAAAAGUUCGCGACUGUCAAGAUGGACUUAUAAUUCCGAGAAGCUUAGCAAUUUUCUUCUCUGGUGGGAACCAGGAAGAGCUUACGUUGAAGGUCAUAGGUCGUAUAUGGAAGGAGCAUUCGACUAGUUAAUGGUACCUAUUAAGCAAUUGUAUAGUGUCAAUUUUCGGAAGCUGAGUAUAUCAUAGUUUUCCUUUUUCAGUAUGUUGUAUAUCACCAGCCUCAGGAUCACUUAUGAAGAAAACAGGUGUGUUUGGUAUGAAGGAAAAUGUUAUCCACGGAAAAAUAUUUCCUCGAUACCAAACACACUAACAUUUAAGUUGGAAGUCACAAUCCACUCUCAUGUAAAAAAAUUUAGCACUACUAAUUUGCAUGAAAUAAAGUUGAUUUAUUUCUUGAUGCA